GGCCGACAGCCGUUACAUUCCAGAAACAUCCGGUCGCUUACCUGCAUUUCGAAUCGCUGGCCUAGUGGGGGGGCGGGGAGAAAAACAGCGGCUCCCGCGUUUUUUCCUUCGCCCACCUCAGAGAGAGAGAGGUCAGGCUGUAAACAACGGCGAGCGCGGCGGCCUCUUUCCCCUCGAGCCCCCUCCCCUCAGGGUUGGCGGUUGAGAUUCGAAGCUUUUUCAAAGCAGACGCAAGAGGCUCGCGAGGCGGCUUCGCCCGGACGGUUAUUGGCUGCUCUGAGCCGCGCGCCGGGGUGGGACGCGGGAUGCGAUUGGCUACCCAACAACGGGGGCGGGAGCGGAGGGGCGUGGAAUGGGAGCUUGGCGGCCAUUGGGCGGUGGCAAGGAGAAAGGCCCGUCGCGUAACGGGUCGUGCUCUGUGAUUGGCUUUCCGCUGCCCCUAUUGGAGUGGCACCUUCAUGGAGUGGCGGGUGGGGGCGCUCUCUCUCUCUCUCUCUCUCGGGUCAGUGAAGUAAAUACACGGCGGCGCAUGCGCAGACAGGCUGGGGCCUUCUUCCCUCAGGCGAGCUGACCCGUCCCGCAGUAGGUAAGAGACGUCAGCAGAGCGGUUUUCUGCUUUUCCUCCGGCCUAGGUGGAGGUGCAGCGUGCGGGGUUCCCGGUCCCCACCUCGGCCAUGGAUUGAGAGGCCUUUCGCUCAGUUGCAGAAGAAACCCAGGAGUCCUGCGCCCCCGCCCCAAACCUCCCCUCCCCUCCAAAACCGGAAUCCAGCAGCCCUUCCCCAAGGAGGACCCAGGAGCCCCAACCUUUGUCGUGUAUUUUUUGCAUUUAUAUCCCACCCUUUUGUUCCUGGAGCUCAACGUGACGAGCCCAUGAUUCUUCCCGCCUUCCUUUAAUCACCACCACAAGCCUGUGAGGCAGGUUGGGUUGAGAGUCAGCAACGGCCCAAGAUCAUUCCGGGAGCUUCAUGCUUGAGGGGGGAAUUGAAGUUGGGUCUGCGAGGUCCUCGUCUGACACACCAACCCAGACUCUCUCGAUCUUGGGUCCCCAGAUCUUGUUGGGCUACAAUUCCCAUCAUCCCUAAUGAGAAGGGCCAGCAGUCUGGAAUGAUGGGAGUUGUAGUCCAACCACGUCUGGGGACCAGAGAUUGAGAAAGUCUGCUCUAACCACUGCACCACCUGGCUCUCAAACUUCUCACGCCUCCAAAAAAAGACCCCUUUCUUUCUGUGCCCAGCACCAUCCACAGCCAGGAGAGACCCAGGAGCGUUUCCUCCACACUGCAUCAUUUGUAAAGCCAGGACUCGGCAUUCUUUCUCCCCCUUCCCACCCUCAUCUCCAAAACGAAGAGCUUUUCUAUUCUCCCCGCAAAAACUACAAAGUCAAUGCAUCCUCUUCCCCUGCAAUCACCUUUAAGCCCCAGGAGUACUGACUACCUCCCAGCCCACAAAAACAGGAGUCCUACCCUGUCUCUUGUGUGUCAAGGAUGGAAUAUAUAAGUUCUGCUGCAUCCUCACCUCAGAUGUGGAGCUGGGAUUGCAACCCAGAGUCUUGCUGCCCAAGUACAUCCAGAGCCAAGAAUGGAGCCCAGGAGUCUUCUUGUUGCACCUACAGCAUGUAGCCUGGAGUCUUCCACUUAUAAAACAGAGGCAGGAACAUGUAAGGCAGGAUGCCUGUUGCCUUUUGACUUAGAAACCAAACCCUUAAAAUUGACAGCUGCCUUAGAUUUGCACCAUGGAAACCAUGUCACCAGGACAUCAAGGGAGACUGGGAGCAAUUGGGCUGCUAGACCAGCAUUAGGCUGGAAGGGUCAACAGACAAGUUUGUAUUUUCCCCUGGCAGCUGCCCAGCUGCUUGCAGAGCCCUACCUCGUUUUGAAAACCCAGACAAAAAGUAUAGCAACAUCUACUCACUCUUGCCAUGAUGAACGGUGGCCAACCUGUGUUUAAUCUAGCACUUGGUUGCAAUGCCUUGCAGUCUUCCUAGGAGGUCCUACAGAGGAAAUCCUGAUGCAGCCUUUUCCCCUGGCAACUGAUGUGGCCAGCAGUGGAUUGUGACUUCAGCACAGAGUGAAAUGGGGUGGGUGGAUGGGAAGAUGAGCAAUGGGGAACGUGUCUUCAAAGCAGCGUACUUCAUUUCAAACAAAAUGCUUGAGGGGGUAUGUUUUGUUCAUUGCUUCAUUUUUUAUUUUACUUUUAAUUGUUUAAAUUUGCAUCAGAAAUGCAUCAUCAUCUGGAAGACUGCAUUUCUUGAACAGAGAGGCUGGAGUUUUGUGGCUGGUGGACACAUUCUGUUCUCUGAUGGUGUCGCUCUGGAAUGGAGCCUUCAAAUUGGAAAUGCUCUGUUGGUAUCUUGGGGGCAGGAGAGAGCAGAAUAUCAUUAACAGAUGCUGGCAUCAGUGAAACCUUAGAAGGGAGGUGUACUUCAAGGUUUUUUGUUUUAUAAUUGCCUUCUUAAACUAGAAGGUAUAUAUUUAUUUUAAAAACUCAGCACCAUUAUUUAUCAAAUCUCAUUAUUCCAUUGUUUGACUUCAGUAACCUAUUUUGGCUUCUUCUUUUUAAAAAAGCUGAAUCAAGUAUAUUCCCUUUUUGGCUAAGCUUUCCUUUCUUCCACCCACUACUUAUUUCUUGGCAGUAUCCUGGAAUUCAGUUUAAAGUUACUGGGAUUAGUUGCCCUAUUAAUUUAAUACUGUGGAUGGUAAGAGGAGGAAGAAACCUGCACUAUGUAUUUAAAUUUCCAAAUGCACUGAGAGAUGAAAAAGUAAUAUGAUCUCCUGCCCUCUCCUUUCAGUUCUUGUUAUGUACUCCCUCACCUGCCUGUCACAUUAAUUAUUACAGUAAACAUGGGAGGGACUGGACAACAGAAUAAGAACAUAAGAGGAGCCUGUUGGAUCAGGCCAGUGCCCCAUCUAAUCCAGCAUCUUCUCACAGUGACAAACCCACAUGCAGGACCUAAGCACAAGAAGACUCCCCUCCUGCAGUAUUCAACUUGUAUAGGUAGCCUUUGCCAUCAUAGUGCUUUUCAGAUGUUACAGGCUACAAUCACCAUCACCUGGCUUAGUCUAAUGGGAGUUGUAGUCCAAGAAAUCUGGAUAGUAGAGCUGUAAGGCAUUGUUUUCUAUUUCACCCUUUAUUCAUUGCAAGCAGCGCUGUUUCUGUGGCACUGCAGCUUAUCUUCCACCAAAACCCACAUUAUUCAUCUUGCUGUCCACUGUAGCAAAAUUACAGUGGUGCCCCGCAAGACGAAUGCCUCGCAAGACGGAAAACUCGCUAGACGAAAGAGUUUUCCGUUUUGGAGGUGCCUCGCAAAACGAAUCUGCUAUGGGCUUGCUUCGCAAGACGAAAAUGUCUUGCGAGUUCCUGGUUUUUUUUUUUCCUUUCCCCCCUCUUUUUCUAAGUCGCUAAGCCGCUUAUCUGCUUAUCCGAUAAGCUGAUAAGCUGCUAAAAGCCGCUAAUAGCGCUAAUAGCGCUAAUCCGCUAACUGGUCAAUGGGCUUGCUUCGCAAGACGAAAAAACCGCUAGACGAAGAGACUCCCAGAACGGAUUCUUUUCGUCUUGCGAGGCACCACUGUACAUAACUUAAGUAACUGAUGAUGUAAGUUCCAUAUCCAUGCAAAUGGAGAGGGGAGUAAUCAGUUGCAUAUUGUUUGUGGAGUCAAAGCAACAACAACAGUGAAUAAUAUUCGCUGGAUUGAUUUGUGUGCUGGAUGGGGCAAAUAAUUGGCAGUUCCUGUUUCCAUUUCUUUUUGGUCAGAAUUCUCCAGCAUCCCCUGUGAAAGGUACUGUGCUAGCAAAGGUUGGGACAGGGGAAGGAUUUGGAGGAAGAAAAAGGGUUGAAUCUGUUUUCACUGCAUUGUCAGGGAACAUAAAGUUACUUCGUUGACCAAGUUGCAGCCUGUCAGUCCUAAGGAAGAGCAAAGAGCUGCUUUAUUCCCGUUGCUUGAUCACUUUCUUUGAAAACUGUUUUAUUACUUUUGACAAAUCCAGACAUAUUUAAGCUGGAAACCCAAAAGACAUAUAUUUAGAAUCAUUUUAGCAAAAUGAAACGCCUCUGUUUGCCCACAGACCAGUUCAGGGUUAAGCAUUCCAGGGCAGUGCCAUCAUGGAACAUGUGACCAGCAGCUGCAGCAUGACCUCCUACUUAUCUGUAUAAUCAGUGCUCUUCUGGAUGAAGAUGUGUUUUCCACUUCUGACUAUUGCUUGGAAUUUGUCCAGACAAAUCAGUAGUGAUAUUGGUGAUUUCUAUAGCCCUGUAAUUUUAUAAUAGUUACAAUUUGGGUAUUGCAAGGAAGCAUUUACUUCCUCCCCUGUCUCUUGGUUUCUGGUGCCACCAAGUGAGCAUUUUGGCUCAUUGAAAAUAUUUGGUUUUUCUGUACCCUUUGGAUCAGCAAUUGCUAAGGGGUACUGUGAGCAGAAACCUGUUUGGUCUUCCUCUACAGAAAUGGAAGUCCUUUCAGCUUGUGUUUUUAAUUUAAGCAAAUAAAUGAUUUACAAUUGGUCCAGUAUACAUAAAACAGAUGGUCGGAUAAAUUGCUCAAAUAAAGCAAAAGGUUCCUAAUAAUGUGUGUGUAGCAGCAUUAUCUUGACCCCGAAGCCUUUUCAAUUUGAUCAUGUGAAGAUUGGGGUACCUGUGGAUAAAUACCUCCAAGGCCACAUUCCACGAUUUGUGUGCUGGCACAGUGGCCAGGUGAGUGUUCAGUUGUGGCAGGUGUUAGUCUUGCUCCCUUAAUCAUAGAGUGGCUUUGUUCUUAGAAAAAGAGACAUCAAACUGGAAAGGUUAAUUGCCACUUGUCUGAGUAACAGAAAAAGACCAUGGUCAGUUUUUUCACUCCUCUCUUUUUUUCCCAUGAAAAGAUUAACUUCAGCCAGAAGUUGGAAAAGCACCCUGUACUGUUUAGUAACAAGAUGAUAUUUCAGUUUGGGGACUGGGAGGGGGAGAGAGUUCAGGGGUGGAGAAGGCUCAAAGGGAGGAUAGCAACUAUAUCACAGCCCUACCCACAUCAUAUGAGAUGUUGGUGUUGUGUGGUGUCAUGGGUGGGAUUAAAUCAUCAGACAGGAUAUCAUUUCUUUUGACAGUAAGUCCUCUCCUGCUACCCUGGAAUGUAAUGUGAAGUCAGCAGAGUCAAUGAAAACAGACAGCUUGCAUUCCACACUGCAGUGGUGUAGUCUGAGAAAAAUAAAAAUAAAAAUUGGGUCCCAUCCUCCACCACCAAAAGCACAGCACCAUAAAGUGCAUGUGUACAAAAGGCUGAGGCUCAAUAGUAAGCAACUGCUUUGUGCCCUCAUGGUCACAGGGUCAAUCCCUGGCAGCUUCAGAUAGGGCUGGGCAAGAACCCUGCCUGAAAUCAUGGAGAGCCUCUGCCAGUCAGUGAAGACAGUACUGAGCUAGAUAGACCAAUGGUCUCACUCAGUAUAAUGCUUCUUCCUAUGUUCCACUGAAUGUUAGGGCCAGAUAUAUUGACAGUUACUUAUGAGUAUUUUCUUGGCUUCUCUCCUAUUGUUUAAAUUAGAAGUCCUCAUCUCUAGAGUUUCCUAUGCCUCCCUCAAGUUUACCGCUCUUGACAAACACAUUGAAUGGACUAAGUGGUUUCCCUUUGGCAUCAAGGCUUUGGUGGAAGUCACGUUUUUUAAUGCCUUGGUGGCCCAGACCGUUGCUCCUUGAAGUGGGAAAGAAGAGCUUCAGAGACCUCCUUCCUCUACAAGAGGCUGACCUAGAAGAGCAGUUUGUCCGUGGCUCUGGACCCGGAGGCCAAGCAACCAAUAAAACCAGUAACUGUGUGGUCCUGAAACAUCUUCCUUCAGGAAUUGUAGUCAAGGUGAGUUGCUUGACUUUGCUCCACGUCUGCUUCUGUGGCAAGUUUCACUAGUUUUCUGCUUCACAUAAUAGUGUUUAGCACAACAGAGGUUUGUAAAAAGCUUGUCCACUGGAGUAAGAGUCGUGUUCAGGUGAUCAGCCAGGAAGUUUUCAUACCACAAAAAACUAUAUACUGUUGGAUAGGCAUAUGGGCCAAUAAGGCUGAGGUGUGUGUUCUUCACAUUCCUGAGAAGCCCCAUAUGUAGCAUCCAGGUCACAUCAACUAUAAUGGGUAGAGCAGGGAUAACUAACAUGGUGCCCUCCAUACAUUUUGGACAACAAUUCCAUUUUCAUAAAAUUUGUAUAUCACUUGAUUGUAGAAAUAACCUCAAAGCAGUCUUCCCUGACAGUGAUGUUGCAGCGAUCCUGGGAAAUGUAAUCCAAAACAUCUGGUGAGCACCACGUUGGCUAUCUCCGGUCAGAUUCAUGAGAAAAUCAAUUUUGGUAGUCUACUCCAAAGGAAUUGUCGGCAUGUGGUGCAUCCACCAAGAGUCUAUAGGUAGUGUCAGGGAACUGACAUUGGAGCUAGAGGCGGAGGGAAGGCUCCCAAAUGAUGCUGGAGAAGGACCCAGCAGGGAGAGAGGCAGCCCAUCAGCUGGGGAAGGAAAUCAGCGCAACACCAGAGAUAAAGGGGGGCAGAUGGGGGAAUCGGCGAGAGGGCUCCAGGACUCUUCGCCGGACACCAGCGGGGAGAGCACGGGUCCUCCGCUACCCACACCCUCCCUGCGCAGAAGACUUCCGCGCAGGGAGAGUAGGAGGAGACUUGGCGUCAAACAGCUUUUAUGCUGGAAAAGGUUUAAGAAACGCCCACUGACGGAUUCUGCUAGCGACUGAGGCAGCCACGAAGUGAAGGGCUGUCCAGACAGAAAAGUUUAACAAGGCAACAUAGCCAGGAGUGGCGGCAACUUACGCACGAGCAACCCAUACUCAUUACAGGUAGUUAUUGAAAUCAUGAUUCUGUGAGGUAGGAAACAGAUGACAAAGGCACCCUAUCAACAGGCAGAGACCGAACUGCCAUUUCAUCAGUAGAGUAAGGGUGGGCAAUGUCAGGUUUUCAACACUGCAAUAUAUCACCAGGCAAACAUCGCAAUGUUCAAAACCCUACUUCCUACCACAGUGCUGCAUGAUGGGGUGAAAUCACUGAGGUGAUUUCACCCAGGCACUUUGCCGAACCAGAGAGAAAGGAGCUAAGCAGCCCCAUCCCUUUUCUGGCUUGCACUUGGGGGGCAGUGGCCACAUCACAAUCCUAGCUUAUUUUAAUGGUUUGCAUCUCCCCCACCCUCAAGAGCUCCCAAAAGUGCAUAAACAUGGAGAACAGUGAGGCUUGGUCCAUUGUACUGCCUUUAUGUCUCUAGCCCUUGCCUUUCUUUCCACUCAUCUACAAAACUUUUGCCACCUUCCAGCAUCCUACAGCCACACAUGGAUGGCUCCAUAAAUCCUCUUUCAAGCUUCUAGAGUCCUUUUGUGCCUCUCCAGCCUUCUCAUCUGCUUCGUUCUCUUAGAAUUCUCUUUCCCAAAGUAGUUCUGAAUCACCAGGCCUGCAAUAGCAUUUCUAACUUUCAGGAUGGGGCUGGCUCCAAUCCCCUAAGCAAAUUAUUUUUUCUCCCCGCCCUCCUCCUAGUGCCAUCAGACAAGAUCAGUGGAGCAGAACCGUAAAAAAGCUAGAGAGAUCCUCCAGGAGAAAGUGGAUGUUUUCUACAAAGGUGAAACCAGUGACGUUGUUAAGGAGAAACGGGAAUUUCAGAAGAAAAAGCAAGAGAAGAAGAAGCGAGCAAAAGAAAAUCUUGAAAGGAAAAGGCAUUUGAAAGAAAUGCAAGCAUUAGAGGACAAAUAAACAGGAUUGGGCAGUUGUGGGUUUUGUUUAAAAUAAACCUCAUCCAAUUUGGUGUGCAUGGGAGGGGGACACUUGCUUGGUUGUGGUUUUUUAGAAUUGUGAGAAAAACUGCUUGCAGUUCAGAGGCAAAAAUGCAAGUGAUGGUACACUGUGACAUUUGUAGAUGUUCAUCAUUCCAUCGUUUCAGAUGGAAGAGAGCUUUUCUACCUUUGCGGUAACCAGCAAUUGAGCCUACUAACCAACCUUGCCUCACUCUUAAGAAGUUACUGCAUCAAACAUGUUCCAGAUGGAACCAGAUGGAUGCCCCUUGUUUUAAGGCAGGAGUAGGGCAACUUCCAGUCCACACUUUCAGGAAUUGGUGCCCAGUUGCCUUUCGGUAAUAACACAUCAGUGGUUUUGUGGUUGUGGACAAGCAAUGCUUAGCUGCAAGCCCUGCGCUAGCCUCUGGCAUCAGGUCAUUACCCAAAAUAGGCCAUGUGUGUGUUGGCCACUCUACUCUGCAGCCAUGAAGCAGUGGGUGUGGUGUGUUCCCAGCAUUGUGUCAGCAUUCGGCACAAGGCAUGCAAAAUGAGAACUGCAUGAUGCCGAAGCAGAGCCCAUAAAACUAGAACAGCAUGGCAGGCAGUGGGGUGGCAAAGCCACCAAGUAUGUGGUGUCUAACCCUGGGUUCUUCAACCUUGAGUUCUCAGGUGUAUGUGUGUUGGGACCCCCAGUUUUCCCAUCAUCCCCAGCCAUCUUAGCCAAUGAUCAGGGAUGAUGGAAGUUGUAGUUCAACAACAGCUGAGAAUCCAAGGUUGAAAAAGAGUGGCCUAGCCAAGGAUUAGCUGGAUCUCUUACUUUGCCGCCUGCAGAAUAUAGCAGCAAGGCAUUAAUCUCAAGCACUACAGCAGGGAUGGAGAACCUGUCGUGCUCUAGUGGCUUCUGGACUUCUUUUCCCAUCAACCCCAAUCAUUGGCCUUGCUGAAAGAGGCUGAAGAGGGUUGGGAGUCUGACAACAUCUGGAAGGCCGUAUGUUCCCUCCAUAAAUGUUCUGCUUUGCCUCAACAGUGCUGGAGUGGAUGUCCAGUGGGUGGCAGAGGCAAGGGAACAAGCAAGUAUGGAUGCUGAAACAAACUAAAAACCUCAAGCUGAAAGUUGCUUUCAACCAAGGUGGAAUGAUACUUCAUUAUAGGGACAUGCUAGAACAGUGGUCCCUUUUUGUCACCUGCUGCUGAACUUGAAGCUCACUCUGGCUAACUGAUGUCCUAAACACAGCAGAGAACAGAGCAGCAACUCCCUUUCCUGGCAAAUGAUGGUGGCACUUUAUGGGGCCAGUGGAACCCUCCAAGGCAAGGAUGUGGCCCUCCAUAUUUUGUUGGGCUCCAAUCAGCCCUGUUCAUCAAGGUCCAAUGGAAAAGGGUGAAGGGAACUGUAGUCUGAUAGCUGGAGUGUCCCCAAGUUUCCACCUCUGCUCUAUAUAAUGUAUAAGGAAAGCCAGUUCUGCUAAGACUUCUCAGCUCAAGUGAAGGUGUCAAGGUGGCUUCUGCCACUUCUUCCAGCAUUCCUCAGAGUUUUUGGGUGGUUGCAUACACUCUGGUCAGGUAGAGGUGGUCAGUCAGGAAGGCUGAACACCCACCAGCAGAAGCCUCCAUCCGCACUUUGCAGCUAACACACUAACGUGUUGUGACACAGUUUGGAAAGUCUUUUAUAGACCAAUGAAGUUCACUGAGCUCCAUGGGUAUGUGUGAUGUCACUGGAUAUUGCAUGUUCAAAAUGGUGUAAGGGGCAAUUUCCCCAUCAUGCUUGCUUACCUUAUUUUUAUCCUUUAUGCUUCCACAUCACUAAGUUCCUAUGCUGGAUUUCCUGAGGGAUCUCUCAGAUGUUCCAAUAAUUCUACGCUUUAAUGCUUUUGAGUAAUUGGGCCUCUUCUGCUUAACAGUACCAAAUUGUUAAUGAAAAUAAGCUUUAUUACGUCAAGUAAUAAAUACAUACAAAGAUGCAAAUAACAGUUUUAGUCACUUAUUUGGAUUUUUUUUUUUUUUUUUGGCAAAGUUACAAUUUAAAUCUGGGGGAAUAGAGUUGCUUUUGGGGCCUGUGACAGGUUAGAAUAGUCUUGUUGUAGAACUCAUGCACUUUUAAUGGAAACACUAACAAUCAUGCAAAAUGGUGGGGCGGGGGGAUAAUUUUUGAACAAAAUUUAUGGUGCGUGCACCAAAUUAGAAAUUAGGCUGUCAGCUGGUGAAACAAAAAACAAUAUCUGUACUCAAAGGAGUCUGGUAAGAAAUGGUUUAGUGGUGAAGCCAAAUGAAUGCUUGAGGAUUAAGGCAGCUGUUUUCAAAUUUUGCUUUCAAUGAGCCCUUUACUCCUCUGCUGUUCUGCAAAGGCUGAGUGUUUGCCAUAGGAAGUCUGCUGCACUGCAGAGGACUCUGGGGUGUGUACACUCAAUCCAUGGGGUGUGAUGUCUGGAGCUGCUUAGCUUUGCCAAUGCCCCACAUAACCGUACCUUGCAACCUAGAACAUAACCAGCGCUCCUUUUACAUUACACAGGAAUACUGGCAGCAGCAGAGGAGCUCCCUUUUCAGGGGAGCGUGUCCAACAUUACUGAUAUUGUUACUGAGAAGUCCCUAGAAAGUUAAGGAGUCAUAGACCUUUCCUAGAAUGCAGUUUGAAAACCACUGGAUAUGGGGAACACUGUUAGUUGAAGGAGCAACCUGAGGCAGAACAGAGAAUUAAGAGAGGAAUGCAGUUGUUUUUAAAUAAAAAAAUUUCAGCUAAUUCAGGGAAUGCUUCAAAUGAAAUACUGCAAACUCCACUUUAAAUGAGAGGAAGGAUAAUCUUCUUGACUAUGGCCAGGAUCCAGAAGGAAAAAAGACAGCACAAGUUUUAUCCAUCCAAGAGGACCUUUGGACUUUCUCAAACCAAUGCCCCCCAUGCUGGACAGUGAGCUGCUUUUGAAACCAAGAGGCAUUUCAGAAGCUGUUUGCAGUAUGGCACAGGGUGGAUGUAUUUGUUGGGGGGAUUCAAACUUUCCACUGGGCACACAAGCCCUGGGUUGCCUCCCAAGUGCUACUUUGGAUUGCGGCCCACAUUCUUGGAAAUGGCAGUGGGGGGGGGGAGGGGUAGAGUCAAAUUAAGGGAUCUCUCUGAAUGCCUUCUGUAGUCUCCAAAGGAACUGGUGUCCCUUUUUCAUAAGAGGUGGAAAAAUCUUGCAGCCAUGGGAAGAGAUGCUAGGAUCUUGCAUUGCGCUCAGUCUCUGCCAAACACUCUCGAACUAGUCCUCUGGCGUGAAUGAUGCCUGCAAAAAAAGUAACAUAACGUCUGCUUGUGUUUACUUUUACAAAAGCAAUACAGUGGUACCUCAGUUUAAGAACAGUCUGGUUUACAAACUCCGCGAAACUGGAAGAAGUGCCCCACUUUGCGAACUUUACCUCGGUCUAAGAACGGAAUCCAAACGGUGGAAGGGCACCGGCAGCAGCAGGCCACAUUAGGGAAAGUGCGCCUUGGUUUAAGAACUGUAUACAGUUUGGGAGGCACUGACUUUUUGCCAGUUUCAUAUGAAGGUAUAGCUGCUUUUUCAUUUCACUGGGACAUUUGCAGGAGAACUUCCUUGGUGGAGCAUGCCUUUGAGUUAUGUAUUUCCCCCUUUUUCUGAAGCAGUUCAGUGACCAUUGCAGCAUUUUUUGUAAGGAAGAAAGUUUUAUCUUUAAAUACUUUUGGAGAGGGGCAAAGCAUGUUUCUAGGUGGCCAGGGAAACGGGUGCAUGGCAACCCAUUAAUCCAGGUGUAUCCAAGAUGGUGCCAUCCAAAUGUUGCUGAACUGCAACUCUCAUUAGCUCUGAUCAUUGGCUAUGCUGACUGGAGCUGGGAGGAGUUGCCAGGUAUCAGAACAAACAGUCUUCAGUCAUGGUAAAGGGACCCCUGACCAUUAGGUCAAGUCAUGGCUGGCUCUGGGGUUGCGGCACUCAUCUUGUUUUAUUGGCUGAGGGAGCUGGCAAACAGCUUCCAGGUCAUGUGGUCAGCAUGACUAAGCCGCUUCUGGCGAACCAGAGCAGCACACGGAAAAGCUGUUUACCUUCCCGCCAGAGCAGUAACUAUUUAUCUACUAGCACUUCAUGCUUUCGAACUGCUAGGUGGGCAAGAGCAGGGACUGAGCAACGGGAGCUCACCCCGUUGUGGGGAUUCGAACCGCCGACCUUCUGAUUGGCAAGUCCUAGGCUCUGUGGUUUAACCCAUACGUUAAAAGUCAUAUAUUACUUCAUAUGCUCUUGGUAUGAAUUGCACAGGUUAGAAGUGGGUGGCCUUCUCUUUGGGUGGGACUAGGUGGUGUUUUCGUUUCUACGCUGGCUUAAAGUGGGAGCUCCUGGGCCACUAGAAGCCCAAUCUGGACCACUCUUAUUAAUAAACCUUUAUCAGAUAUUGUGUUUUUUGACCUUUUCCUCAUAAUCUUGUGGACUAGGUCCUUAAGUCAAGUGAUUUAGUGUAAAUAAUAUGGCCUAAAAUAUUUUUCUCAAUAUUAGCUUCAUUACCUCGUUUUAGCCUUUCCAUGGCACUUUUACUUCCAGCAUAUGUAGGCCUGAUUUCUUUUCCUAAUUCUUCUAUGAUGGCCAAAAGUUCUGCAUACUUGCUCUGUGGUACUUGACUGCUACUCGUUCCCUGGCAUCAGAAAGAAAUGGGAUCUGAAUUAGAGCAGAGCCAGUCACAAGAACCAACAAACCACAAUAAAGCUCAAAUUAAUCAAUUCAUUAAUUGCAGGGUGACAGUGCAAUCCUACACAUGCUCUGAUUAGUGGGGAUUACUCUUGGGAAAGCAUGCAUAGAAUUGCAGUCUAAAAGUGGCUGUUUAGUGCAGGCUAUAUCGGGACGGGAGGGUUUUCCCCUCAUUAUUUUAUUUAUUUACUGUACUUUAAAAAACAUAUAUUGCUUGAUUGUAAGAAAUCCUAUUAAGCAGCUUACAAAAUUAUCAAGUAUUAACAUUAGCAAUAAAAACAGUUAAAAACGGGUCCUUUAAAAUAUUUAAAAGAUCAUUAAAAUCAAGAGCAGCUAAAAAGAAGAAAGACAUCAACAUUUCACAUAGAAUAUUAGAGUGGGAAGGGACCCCAAAUGUCAUCUAGUCCAACCCCCCACAAUGCAGGAAUCCUGCCCACAGCCAUCUGCAUAGGCUUGCCUAACCAAAAAGGUUUCAAUCAGAUGUCUGUCUGGUAUUGACAGGCUGGGGCUUACAAUGUGUAACCCCCCCCCCCAAAGAUAACUAUUUCUUACAGGUGUUCCAGUUCCACAUAUCAAAGCAGCUGAGUGGGCAUGUAAGGGGUAAGGUGACCCUGCGAGUAAACUGGUUCCCAGGAUGUUGAGGGCUUAAUAUGCUAAUAACCACACACUGAGCUUGUCUGGGGAGCAGAUGGGAAAUGGGCAACUAAUGCAGAUCCCUGAGCAGAGGGGUUCUAUGCAGGCAGGGUCUCGUUCGUGACAGCAGCCGUGCUGAAGCAUUCUGCACUAGCCGCAGCUUCCGGAUCAAGCCCGAGGGAAGCCCCAAGUAGUGAGCACGGCACCUUUAAAGCAACUUGAACGUGAAAGCUGCAAUAUUUAUUAAUGCCAUCAUUGAGGCGAGCAGGUUAAAAGCAGAGUCGACGCUUGUGAAAAACAGAAGCUUGUUAACAAAUAAACAUGAACCCUUAAAUGCCACAUCCACGGCAAAAACGCCAUGUACCUGAAUCACAAAAUCACCCAGUGCUGAAUUUGGUCAAUAUCACUUCUGUUUGGAAACUGUAAUAUUUAUUUUAAUCCAUCCACUUAAAUUUAAUCCAUUAAAUGACAUCACGACCAGUUUGUUGACUUACACAGGCAUUUCCUUGAUUUCUCAGCCCAUCUCCAGAUUUUAACUGCUGCACUGUUUUAAUUGGGGACAUUUAUAUUCUAACUUUUCUGUCACUCUGUUUUUAUAUUUUGCAAACUACUAAUUUGGAACUGUAUGUGGUGUACGUAUAUAAAUUAAUAAUAUAGACAACUUCCCUUUUUUUCAACAAGUCUUUUCAAAUGAGGUUCUUAUCCCAGUCUGUUUCUGUCGGAUUUGAAAUUGUCCUUAUAUAUGUUUUUUAUUGUCAAACCCUUGGGGAUGUUUCAAGGGAACUCAUUCAUUAAUGAAUGAAUAAAUGGCAUAAGAGACAC